AAUUCUUCCAGAUUGUCCAAUAAGGUCUCAGGAGGAAGGGAUUGCUGUGAUAUCAGAACAAAAUGGGACUUUGCCUCAGGACCAGGCCGGCCCCCAACACUCUGCGACCAACUGAACUUGGAGGUUACUUCAGCUGUGGCAACACAUCGUUUACUAAUGCUCUGCAGAACUCAUGGGCUGAAGUGACACCUGACAAACUCUAAUUUCUACUUUGCAAGAGACUGGAAGGCAACCCUGGUCAUGAUGAGCACAGACACGGGCGAGCAGGUCAUCAUUGACACCAACUACACUACAAUCCACACAAUAGGCCGGCAGAAUGAGGGCAGGCGGCUGCGCUACAUGCAGAAAGAUGGCAGGUUCCCUGUGGUUUUCCAGAAAGCCCCUGGACACUGGAGCCCGUUCCUGAUGGACAUCUUCACCACUCUCGUGGAGAUCCGCUGGAGGGUGAUGCUCCUCGUCUUUUCCCUCUCUUACAUUCUCUCUUGGCUCUUUUUCGGUCUCUGUUAUUGGCUCAUUGCAUAUGUACACGGGGACGUCGACGACGUAGAUAACGCACCAUGCGUGGACAACGUGCGUGGCUUUACUGGAGCCUUCAUGUUCUCAAUGGAGACCCAGGCGACUAUUGGCUACGGCUUCAGGGGGAUGACCGAGAACUGUAUCGUGGCCAUUAUUGUGGUGACCGUUCAAGAUGUAUUUAGCUGCCUCCUUGACACCAUCAUCAUUGGUAUUGUCAUUGCUAAAAUGGCCUCUGCUCGUAAGAGAGCUCAGACGGUUGGUUUCAGCAGCUGUGCGGUGGUCAACCUGCGAGACGGGGUCCUGUGUCUGUCAUGGCGACUCGGGGACUUCAGGGGUAAUCACAUCCUGGACGGUGUUGCCAAGGCCAUGCUAGUCCGCUAUGUGAAACAGCCACUGGGGUCUAUCGUGAUGUCAUACCAGGACCUGGACAUCCAGGAUCGAGACAUUGUCCUCGCCACGCCAGCCACCAUCAUCCACAAGCUGGAACCCGGCAGUCCCCUCUACAGCCUGGGCCCCGAUGACCUGCUGGGGGACGACUUUGAGCUGGUGGUGUCCUUCACCUACACCGGCGAUUCUACGGGUAUGCUCCACCAAACCCGAACCUCAUACACGCCAGCAGACAUCCACUGGGGCCAGCGCUUCCAGGACAUGCUGAAACUGGGCAAGAGGCGCUACAAGGUGGACUACGCCCUGUUCAACGUGACCACGUGGGUGCCGGUGCCCCUGCUUAGUGCAGAGGAGUUUGACAGGAGGGGACGUCCCGUAGAGGGCAGUCAGUCCCGCAGUCUUCACUUAUCAUCGAUCAAGAGAAACGGACACGCUUGCAAGGUGAUCGCUGACAUCACUGAAGAGGUGAUGCAGCAAACCUGUUUGUAGGAUGGACUUGUGAUGGACAGUGGGAUAAAAUGUGCUCUUGUAAAUAUAUUUAUAUGUGACUUUAUAUUCAUUGUUUAUAACCUGUUUUUAAAGGUACAGUGUGUAGGAUUUGGCGGCAUCUACUUACUUACUUAUUGUUAAACUUUUUUGCUCGGCCGUUCCCAGAGGAGCAUAAAGUGAGCGAUGGACAUAAAUGGAAGUUAGAAAAUUCCAGCACACAGAUUUUGGGAGUAAUCUCAAACUUUUUCAAGUCAAGGAUCUCCAAAAUCGAUGUACAAUAGACCACAGACCAUGGAUGUAGAAGAAGUUGUGACCUGUGCUUUUGCCCUGCGUGUUAGUAAAUAACCUACAACUACA